AUGGCUCGUAGGCAGAGUGAUUGCCUCACUAAGUAUUUAUUAAAUACUUACGCAACUCCAUUCCAAUGUGUUGCAGAUGGACUAGUAGCUAGAGGUUGUAGCGCGAGAGGGCGCGGUUGCUUGAGGCCGUGGAGGCCGGGGCCGAGGUCGUGGUAUUCCGGCGGAUUCGGGAGAGAGUGUGCGCCUAGUGUGGCGACUGCGUCGGUGACCCAGUCAGUAUCCAUGGCGGCUAUUGGCUCGUUUUCCGCCAGUGGUUCCACAGGGGGCUCCGGGAGUACUCCAGUGGCAGUAGUGCAGCAUGUGGCUACAGAUGUUGUGCAGCCGGGGGCUGCAUAUGCGGGUGUCACGAUACUUGGAGUUUAUGGGACAUAUGUAGAGGCCGCUGUGGGCCGGAGGGAAUUUUGGACUUGGGGCGACUUCCUUGGGGAGUUCAACGCCAAGUAUUUCCCGAGACAGGCUCGUGAACGUCUUCAGAUGCGGUUUAUGGACAUUGAGCAAGGUUCGCGUUCUGUACGUGAGUAUGAUGCGGAGUUCAGCCGUCUGUUAGUGCAUGCGGGCUUUGGCAUGGAGGCUGAACAUCAGUUGACGAACAGAUUUCUGGAGGGAUUUCGCAAGGAUAUCCGGACGCUAUGCAGAAGUAGUAUGCAUCGCGGCAGCAGCAGCAGACGGCACAGCCACCGAACCACUGGCCCACUCAAAUCCGCCUCUACCGACGCGGCCAACUCUACCAGACUCGCCCUCGAAGUGUGCAUACUACUUCUGCAUAGCGUCCGAAUAUCCUUGCGAAGUCCCUCCAGAAAUCUGUUCGUCAACUGA